GAGAGACUCCAGCAGAAAUCAAUUUCUGGGAAAAAAAAAUGAGUGGACGGCCAACCAAAAGGCAAAGAAGCAACGACCAUUCCGUCGUCAGAAUCUGGGAAAGGGAGUUAGGCCAGUUACCCAAUCGCAGUUUCUCCAACCGUUUCUCAGCCUCUGAGCAUAUGUUACACAGUAUUGGUCUCCACAAGAAGCUCGAAAAGCAUACGGAUUGUGUCAACACAGUAAGCUUCAAUGCUGGUGGAGAUAUCCUUGUCUCUGGCUCUGAUGACACGCAAGUUAUACUCUGGGAUUGGGACAAUGCUACUGUUAAACUCUCUUUCGAUUCUGGCCAUUCCAAUAAUAUUUUCCAAGCCAAGUUCAUGCCUUUCUCUGAUGAUCGCACCAUUGUCACCUCUGCUGCUGAUGGAGAGGUUCGUUAUUCAAAAAUUCUAGAGUCGGGACAAGUAGAGACUUGUAUGUUGGGUAUACAUCAAGGACAGGUCCACAAGUUAGCUAUUGAGCCUGGAAGUCCUUUCUCAUUCUACACUUGUGGUGAGGAUGCUGUUGUAAAGCAUUUUGAUCUUAGGACUCAGGUGGCUACAAAUCUUUUGACUUGUAAAGAAGCAAAGUUCAAUUUAGUUGUCUACUUGAAUGCAAUUGCAGUUGAUCCGAGGAACCCUCGUCUACUUGCCGUGGCUGGAAUGGAUGAGUAUACUCGUGUCUAUGACAUUCGCAGCUGUCGCUCCGAGAGUUGGUAUACUUAUUCAGAACCCGUUGACCACUUUUCUCCUCCCCAUUUGAUUGGAAGCGAACAUGCGGGAAUAACAGGCCUCGCUUACUCAGAACAAAGCGAGCUUCUUGUUUCAUAUAGCGAGGAGUUCAUCUAUCUUUUCAGCCCUGAUAUGGGGAUGGGACCGGAUCCAUCCUCUUCAUCUGAUACUGAGACUGCUGCAUCUGAGACUGUGACUGAGAUGAAGAAGACAAUGGCCACGCCGCAGGUUUAUAAAGAGCACACUAACCGUAAAACAGUCAAAGGGGUGGGGUUUUUUGGACCCAAGUGUGAGUAUGUGGUUAGUGGUUCGGACUGCGGCAGAAUGUUCAUUUGGAGGAAGAAAGACGGAGAGCUUCUCCGUGCCAUGGAAGCAGAUAGACAUGUUGUCAACUGUGUAGAGUCUCAUCCUCACAUGCCACUCAUGGCUAGUAGUGGAAUCGAGACUGACAUCAAAAUAUGGACUCCUGGAGGAACUGAGGAACUCGGUUCGCCUAGAAAUGCAGAACAGGCUUCGGUUUCUGGUAACUCUCGAUGGUUCUCGUUUUAUGAUGAAGAUGGAGAUGAUCAUGCACGUGCGUAUUAUGUGGAGGAUGAUGAUAUCGAGAAGGAAGAUGAAGAUGAUUCUGAUGAUGAAAGUUCAGAUGAUGAUGAUGAAAGUGCGGAAGAGGAGGGGGAUAGUGAUAUCGACGUUGAGAUUAGGAAGGAUGAUGAUAGUGAUGACGAUGAUGGUGAUGGUGAUGGUGGUAAGGAUGAUGUGGAGGACCAGGGAUGAUUAACAUGUAUGGAUUACAAGUUACAAUACAUGGAAGCACGGCAAAUGCUACAAAAAAAAUAUAGGAGAGGGUUUUUUGGUUUAGUUUAGGUAGAGAGGUUGGUGGAUGUAUUUUCCGCAUAAUUGUCUUGUAAUAGGCUUUGACAGGAAAAAAGAAGUGAAUGAAACAUUGGUUUGGAAACAGACGAGAA